AAUACAGAUACACUCUUUUCUUUUUAUAAUAAUCAGAAACUUAUUUCAACAUCACUGCUUGUGAUUUGUCUUAUGAUGUUUGUCAUAUCCUCAAUUUCUCAAUAAAUAAAAUAAACAGGAACCACAACUCUGAGAAGAACAAAGAUAAACUCUUACAGGAAGGAUUUUCUGAACUGUUGACUUGCGAACAGGCGACAGCCCAUCCUGUUUCAGCGUUUCCCAUUGUUAAAAGCAAACAUACUGGAGCUCAAACUGGGAAAAUGGCUUCGCUUUCUGAUGAUUUUUCGUGUCCCGUGUGCUGUGAAAUCUUCAAGGAUCCAGUUUUUCUGUCGUGCAGUCACAGUUUCUGUAAAAAGUGUCUUCAGCAGUACUGGAGUACCACGGAAACUGAAGAGUGUCCUGUUUGCCGGAGAAAAUCCUCCAGAGAUGAUCCUCCAAUUAAUCUUGUGUUAAGAAACUUGUGUGAGUUGUUCCUGAAGGAGAAAAACGAGAGAUGUUCAUCGGUAUCUGAGGAGAUCUGCAGUUUACACGGUGAGAAACUCAAACUCUUCUGUCUGGAGGACAAACAGCCUUUGUGUGUGAUGUGUGUCACUUUACAGCAACAUGAGAAUCACAAAUUCAAGCCCAUCGAUGAAGCCAUUCCAAUGUGUAAGGAGGAGUUCAAUGCGGCAGUGACGUCCUUAAAGUGGAAACUUAAACGCAGGGAAAAAAUGAAAGGACAGUUGGAGGAAACGCUUCAACACAUCAAGACUCAAGCUGAUCACACAGAGCGUCAGAUUAAACAUGAGUUUGAGAGGCUUCAUCAGUUUCUCCGAGAUGAAGAAGAAGCUACAAUCACUGCACUGAGGGAGGAAGAGGAGCAGAAGAAGCAGAUGAUGAAGGAGAAGCUGGAGGAGAUGAACACACACAUCGCAGCUCUUUCACACACAAUCAAAGACUCGGAGGAGAUGCUGAAAGCCAAUGACGUCUGCUUUCUAAAGGAGUUUCCAGUCUCGAUGGAAAGAGUCCAGAUCUCACAGCCGGAUCCACAGACGCCUUCUGGAGCUUUGAUUAAUGUGUCUUGCUACUUGGGGAACCUGCCGUUCAGAGUCUGGAAGAAGAUGCAGGACAUUGUCUACUAUACUCCUGUGAUUCUGGAUCCAAACACUGCAAAUUCAAGUCUCGUCCUCUCUGAUGAUCUGACCAGUAUGGCAAGAGAUAUAAUUAUAGAACUGCGCCCUCAUAAUCCUGAAAGAUUUGACAGUUAUUGCUGUGUUCUGGGUUCAGAGGGGUUUACCUCAGGAACACACUACUGGGAUGUGGAGGUCAACGAGAGCCCAGGCUGGAGUCUUGGAGUAACUACAGCAUCAAAACAAAGGAAGGGACGAGUUUUCUUCAACACAGAUUUCUGGGGCGUGCAGUGUGGACCGUUUCAGCUGCCUGGCGUUCAGGUUCAGAAGGAUCUUGAGUGUGUGAGAGUUGAUCUGGACUGUGACAGUGGAACAGUGUCUUUCUCUGAUCCUGUAACAAACACACAUCUACACACAUUCACACCCACCCUCACUGAGUCUGUCUUUCCAUUCUUCUGCAGCUAUUUUCCUCUGAGGAUCUUACCACUCGGUAGUAUUCAAAUGUUAGAGGAGUAGGUGAUUAAGUUGUGCAAGGAAUUCUUAGCAAUAGUAAACCUACUUAAGGUCUUG